AUGGCCACCCCCAGUGUUCUCACCUUUGACGCUGAGGGUCGGGCUGUUGACUUUGAGGUCUGGCUCGAUGAUCUGCAGCUUUUCCUACAGUGCGAUAGGGCAGACGGUCUCUCCCUCUUUGACCUCACUUCUGGUGCCUCUCCUUCCCCUGCUGCUGAUGCUGACGCCACUGUUCGCUCACAGUGGGCCACGCGCGAUGCUGCUGCCCGCCUUGCUGUGCGCCGCCACUUGCCGACUGCUGAGCGUGCGCACUUUAGUCAGUACAAGAGUGCUAAGACCUUGUACGACGCUGUAGUUGCACGCUACUCUUCCCCUGCCACUGCUGCGCUCAGCCGCCUCAUACUGCCGUACCUCUUCCCUGACCUCGCCGCUUUUCCCACUGUCGCUGACCUCAUUACGCACCUUCGCACUAGUGACGUCCGCUACCGCGCUGCGCUUCCUGCUGAGUUCUGCGCCAAGAACCCCCCCCCAAUGUACAUCACCCUCUACUACAUAGUCACCCGGCUCCCUGACACCCUUCGCUCGGUCAGGGACCACUUUCUCUCUGUUUGCCCCACCACUCUCACCGUUGACCUCCUCGAGGAGCGUCUCCUAGCAGCAGAGCAGAGCAUAGUUGCUGUAGGAGCCUCUCGUGGUGACCCUCUGGGAGACGCCGCCAAGGGCAAGGGGGGCAAGGGUGCUGGAGGAGCUGGCGGGGGCGGUGGAGGCGGAGGUGGAGGAGGCGGAGGGAGUGGGGGUGGCGGUGGGAGUGGUGGUGGGAGUGGUGGUGGGAGUGGGGGCACUAGUGGAGGCAGUGGCGGCGGAGGAGGAGGCGGUGGUGGAGGUAGCGGCGGCGGAGGUGGAGCGGGUCGGGGCGGCUCUACGCAGAGGGUCGGCUCCGGUGGUGGUACGCGCCAGCAGCAGCAGCAGCAGCGUCCUCGUGAGACCCCUUCCCCCCAGCAGCUUCGUGAGUGGUACACUGCUCGUCAGCGGGGCGGGGGUGCUGGCCCCUGUACCUACGUUCUCCGUACCGGCGACCGCACGGGUGAGCAGUGUGGGGGGGCGCACUCCACCCAGCGCUGUUUCGGCCGUCUGACGGACGCUUGGCGUCACCAGUUCCCCGACGGUACCGAGAUCCCUCGCUGGGGCGAGCUGUCUAGGGCGGGUGUUGCGAUCUUUGAUCUUGAUUAUGAUGCUAUUCUUGCUGCCAUGUAUGCUGUGACUAUUAGUGAUGAGGGUGACUGUUACCGGUGUUUUCCGCCUGACCCGGGCAUUGAGGCUGCUGCGCUAGGUGCUUGUGAGACUGCUGCUCUAGGUGCCAGUGCGUCUGCCGCCCCAGGUGCCGGUGAGUCUGCGCUCUCAGGUACUGCGUCGUCUCCGGACACCCACACCUUCACCCUUGACUCAGGUGCUUCCCGCUCCUUCUUUCGAGACUGCACCACUCUCACGCCGCUCAGUCGGCCGGUUGCGGUCUCCCUGGCAGACCCCUCUGGGGGUCCUGUCCUUGCCCACUACUCCACUGUUCUACCGUGUCCAGCGGUCCCGUCUGGCUCCCUGUCGGGUCUUUACCUCCCCUCGUUCUCUACGAACUUGGUGGCGGGUGCUGACCUCCAGGAUGGGGGGGUUGACCAGUUCACCCCUGCGCGUCAGCGGGUGACUCACUGCACGUGUGCAGACACGGGCCGACACUUGGCCACGUUUACCCGUCGGCCGGGGUCGAGCCUGUACACACUGACUACUGAGUCUCCUCCAGUCACUGCGUCUGCUCAGGUAGCAGCGUCGGGUCAGGUGUUUGCUGCGGCGUCCAGGUCUGGUCCUGAGUCUGCCCCCUGCUCGUGUCGUCUCCUGUCCCACCGGACUCUCCUCUGGCACCACCGCCUUGGUCACCCCUCCCUGCCUCGUCUUCGAGGCAUGGCUUCCCGUCUUCUUGUCUCUGGCCUCCCCCGGUCCCUCCCUCCCCUUCCUCCGGGGCCUGCCCCCAAUUGCGUUCCCUGCGUCGAGGGGCGGCAGCGCGCUGCUCCUCACUCCUCCGAGUUUCCUCCGACAGAGGCUCCGCUGCAGACGCUUCACAUGGACGUGUGGGGCCCAGCCCGCGUCCGUGGGCAGGGUCACGAGCGUUACUUCCUGCUGGUGGUUGACGACUACUCGCGUUACACCACAGUCUUCCCCUUGCGCAGCAAGGGUGACGUCACUGAGGUGUUGAUCGCCUGGAUCCGCGCAGCUCGUCUCCAGCUCAGGGAGAGUUUCGGCUCGGACUUUCCUGUUCUGCGUCUGCACUCCGACAGAGGCGGAGAGUUCUCCUCUGACCUUCUGCGGGCCUUCUGUCGUGCACGAGGCAUCCGCCAGACCUUCACGCUUCCGGACUCUCCGCAGCAGAAUGGGAUUGCUGAGCGCCGCAUUGGCAUGAUCAUGGACGUCGCUCGUACGUCCAUGGUCCAUGCGGCUGCCCCCCAUUUUCUGUGGCCGUUUGCGGUUCGGUACGCGGCGCAUCAGAUCAACCUUCACCCCCGGGUCUCCAUGCCGGAGACCUCCCCUGCUUUGCUGUGGACGGGGAAGGCUGGCGAUGCGUCUGCGUUCCGUGUCUGGGGAUCUCGGGCGUUUGUCCGCGACUUGUCUGCGGACAAGCUGUCCCCUCGUGCUGUUCCCUGCGUCUUCCUUGGCUUCCCUCCUGACGCGCCAGGCUGGCAGUUCUACCACCCCACCUCGCGCCGUGUUCUGUCCUCCCAGGACGUCACCUUUGACGAGUCGGUUCCCUACUACCGUCUCUUCCCCUACCGCACUGCGUCCCUCCCUCCCCCGCCGCUCUUCCUUACGCCAGGUCCCCCUCCGGUAGACCCCCUCCCCCCUCAGGGUCCUGCUCCCUCAGGUGUGUCCCAGGUAGAUGCAGUCGAGCCUGUCGAGGUAGCUGUUGACUCUGGUGCUGCUGGGGGUGCUGAGCCUGGGGGUGCUGGGUCUGGGGGUGCUGCGACUGGGGGUGCUGAGCUUGGGGGUGCUGCGCCUGGGGGUGUUGAGCUUGGGGGUACUGCGCCUGGGGGUACUGAGCCUGGGGGUGCUGCGCCUGGGGGUACUGAGCCUGGGGGUGCUGAGUCUGGGGGUGCUGUGUCUCGGCGUGCGGAGCCUGAGGGUGCUGGGCCUGCUCGUGUGGCGUCUGGUGGUGCUGGGCCUGGAGGUUCUUCGGGUGCUUCGUCCCGGCGGGAGCUACUCUCUCCACAGGAGCUGCGUGAGUGGUUUGCCCGGCGCUGGAGGCGUGCUGCUGGAGCUGGCGGUGCUACGGACGCUGGAGGCUCUACUGCUGCUGAGGGUGCUGGUACCGCGGGUCCCGGAGGUGCUCGUACAGGGUGUACUGGAGCUGCUGGGCCUACGGGUGCUCCUGGUGCUGGAGCUGGUGGUGCUACUGGUGCUACUGGCGUUGGUGCUGCUGGUGCUCCUGGAGCUGGAGCUGCUGCGUCUUCUGGUAGUCUGCCUGGAACUGGAGCUGCUGGGGGUGUUUGCACUGGUGGUGCUCCUGGCGCUGGUGCUUCUGAGGGUGCUGGAGUUGGCGCUGCUGGAGGUGAGGGUACUCCUGGUGCUGGUGCUGCCGUUGGGGGUGCUGGUGCUGCCGUUGCGGGUGCUGGUGCUGUUCCUGCUGGUACUGGUGGCGCUGCGCGGCCGCGGCCGUACUUCGUUCCGCUCCUUGAGCAGGUUCUUGGUCUUCCGUCCUCUCUUGGUCCUGCUCCUGGCUUAGAGUGUCCGCCUCCUGUCCAGUCUGAGUCACAGUUACCGCCCGCCUCACCGCUUCCUUCUCCUUCUCCCUACACUGGUCCUACUGGAGGUCUUGCUGAGCGUCGUGAGCCUGCGUCUCGCCCUGCGUCGCCUGUCCGUGCUGCUUGCACCAGUGGUCGUGGUUCGCGUCAGCGUCCUCCCCCUGUCCCCGGCACGCACCGGAUGUCUCUGCGUCCUUCCACUGCUCCGCUGCGUGCCCCUUUGCCUUCUCCUCCCGCGUCCUCUCUUCCUGACCUUCCUGACCCUGAGUCGGACUCCCUUCGUGCUGCGCGUCCUACUGUCACGCGUCUCCUUGCUACUGUCGUCACUGACCCUUCUUUUGAGUCUACUGCUGCGUCUGCCCUCGUUGCUGAGCUUGUCGACUUCGCUGCUCGCUGUCGCCUAGACUACGCUGCCAGUCUCGUCGCUGAGUCUGAGUCUGUCUGUCCUCCGUCCGUCGGGGUUGCCCCUGAGGGAGACCCGGAUGCACUUGACAUCCCGACUCCGCGCUCUUACGCGGAGGCGAUAGAGGGUCCCUACUCCUCUCAGUGGCAGGCAGCCAUGGACGCAGAGAUGGCUUCCUGGAAGUCCACAGGCACCUACGUUGACGAGGUUCCCCCGCCUGGGGCGAACAUCGUCAGUGGCAUGUGGAUUUUCAGGGUGAAGCGGCCGCCGGGUUCUCCGCCUGUCUUCAAGGCGCGUUACGUGGCUCGUGGCUUCAGUCAGCGGCAGGGAGUUGACUACUUUCAGACCUUCUCUCCCACCCCGAAGAUGACCACUCUUCGGGUACUGCUGCACAUAGCCGCUCACCGAGACUACGAGCUGCACUCUCUUGACUUCAGCACUGCUUUCUUGCAGGGCAGCCUGCACGAGGAGAUCUGGCUGCGCCGCCCACCUGGCUUCACUGGGACUUUUCCUCCUGGCACCCAGUGGAGCCUCCGGCGGCCAGUCUACGGUCUCCGCCAGGCACCUCGUGAGUGGCACGACACACUGAGGACUACACUUGCGGCUCUUGGGUUUGCUCCUUCUACUGCCGACCCGUCGCUGUUUCUGCGCACCGACUCUUCUUUGCCGCCGUUCUACAUCCUCGUGUACGUCGACGACUUGGUCUUUGCUACAGCUGACACUGCUGGACUUGCCUACGUGAAGUCCGAGCUGCAGAAGAGACACACGUGCACAGACCUGGUCACACAUGGUGCAGCAGGUCCUUCAGCGCUUCGGUUUCACGUACUCCUCGCCUCAGGCCACUCCUCUGGCUACCACCACUCGCUCUCAGCUCUGCCUUCGGAUGAGUCCGUAGAGUCGAGUGGCCCGUACCCAGAGCUUGUUGGCUGCCUCAUGUACCUGAUGACCUGCACUCGACCUGACCUUGCAUACCCUCUUAGCAUUCUGGCACGCUAUGUUGCUCCUGGGAGACACAGACCAGAGCACAUGGCUGCAGCAAAGAGGGUGUUGCGCUACUUGUGCAGUACGUCGGGCAUGGGGCUUGUGCUUGGAGGGCAGAGUCCAGUGGUCCUCACUGGUCACGCAGACGCUUCUUGGGCUGACGACCAGGCUACACAGCGGUCGUCACAGGGUUACACCUUCAGUCUUGGUUCCGGCUCUGUUUCGUGGCGGUCUACCCGCUCGUCUUCUGUUCUCGGCUCCAGUUGUGAGGCUGAGAUCUACGCAGGGGCCAUGGCUGCACAGGAGCUACGCUGGCUCACCUACCUGCUGACUGACCUGGGAGAGCCGCCUCGUUCUCCUCCAGUGCUGUACGUAGACAACAAGGCCAUGCUGGCCUUGUGUCGAGAGCACAGACUUGAGCACAGAACGAAGCACAUCGCUCUUCGCUACUUCCUUGCUCGUGAGCUGCAGCAGCGUGGUCAGCUGCGCCUUGCUUACGUGGCCUCUCAGGCCAACACUGCUGAUAUCUUCACUAAGGCACUCGCGCCUUGUGAUCAUCAGCGCUUCUGUACUCUGUUAGGUCUUGUGCCUACCUUGCCUCACUUGCUUACUUCUUGA